AUGUACCCUCUACCACUCAUCUCGUUCCUCUUCUUUGCCUUCUUUGCCACCGCGUCGUCAUCGUUACCUCCCGAUGGCAAUCUUUCCGGCUGCCACGAGUCCUCCUCCAGGGGCAGCAUCACAAACAUCGAUUUCCCAUUCACAGGCGGCCGACGCCCUCACUACUGCGGCUCGCCGGGCUUCAACCUCACAUGCCUCGACAACUCCACGGCUCUUCUUACCAUAAACUUCCUCGAGUACAGAAUCCUUCACAUCGACGAGUCCCGUCCCGACCUCCACGACACCGCCGGCUGCACCCGGGAUGUACAAAACGCCACCCUCGCCAGCUCAAACUUCACCGCCGCCAAAACAGAAAAUCUCACCCUGUUUUACAACUGCAACUAUACUUCGCUCCCGGGUGUCAGCAGCAUGCUUCGCUCUCGGUGCAACACUUCGUUUACCGCCCCCAUUUCUGAUGUUUACGCUGGGGUUAUGGCUAAUGGGUCGUUGCUGGGACCAGCUUUGAGAGAUGGGUUCGAGAUUAAUUAUGCUGACUCUGGAAACGCUAUUUGCAUCUGCGCAAUCGGCAGUGUGAAAAUGAUAAAUCAUGCGGAUUUUCAACUAGAAUCGAUCAGGGACUCUGUUCUCUGUCUAUAUACUCUGUUUCCCUCCGGCUUCAGGAGACCAAAUUAA